AUGUUGAAGACAUCUAAUCGGGAUCGAAACGGCACUCCGUCCUACAAGAAAUCGUCUCUUUGGGCAAGUGAUCUACAGGCCACAUUUAUCACAGCCGCAGUUCUCAUGGUCUGUAUCUACAUUGCCAUCAUCACUAUUCUCUGCAACGAACCAACCAUUGGCGGCACAACUGUUGUCAUCGUCUUGUCUGGAGCCGCUUGUAAAUCAAAGAGGCAAGUUCGUAGCUUGGUGGGGCGAAUGGCAAAACUGACUGAUGAUGCCGACUAUGAUGCCGUCGAAACGUUUGAGAAAGUUUCAAGUCCAAUGUCAGAUGCUGGUGCAGACGACUUCGGACUAGGUGCGUUCUACAUAGUCGCCCUGGCAACAAGACCAAGUUGCGACAACGAGGAAGACGACUUCGGACUAGGUGCGUUCUACUAA